AUGGCUACCGUGCAAGAGCCCCUUAUCCCGGAAAGCCAUGUGCUUCCUACAGAUGCACCAGUUGAGCCCAUUUCAUCGAUAGAUGGAACCUCCACUGCCGACACAACUGAGGCAGAAAUGAGCGAAUCCACCGCCACCCUGGUUGAGUCCGACACAGCACAGCAAUCUAAAGAUUCAACCCAAACCGGAGUCCCAUUGACCGCAGCGGAAAAGAAGAAAGCCAAGAAGGCAAAGAGGAAGCAGCAAAAGAGACAGGAGAGUAUUAGCUCCAUUGCUGCCGCCGCCGAACAGACUCCCGAAACCCAAACUGCAGAACCUGCAGUAGAGGAACCGGCAUCAAUCGAAGCUCCCAAGGAGUCCGAACCCGCUGCUGAGCCAGUGGUUGAGGAAAAAACCACAAUUGAAUCAACGGAAGAAUCAAAGCCUGCUGAGAAGGCCGUCGAUGCUACCGAGGCGCCAGUGCUCGAAGAAAAGCCUGCCGCUGAAGCUACUGAGCCAACCUUUGCCGAAGUAGUGGCCGAGGAGAAGCCUGCAGCUGAAUCAACCACAGAACCCGAGGCUGCUGAGAAGUCCGCCGAGCCCGUCACAGAAGAAUCGAAGACUGCUGAGGCCGUUUCGGAAACUGUCGCAGAGCCUGCUGUAGAGGAAUCCAAGACCGUGGAAGAGGUUGCUAAGCCUACCACCGAAGAGGCGAAGCCCGCCGAGGCAGUUCCCGAAGUCGCCGCAGAGCCAAUUGUCGAAGAGACUCCCGCCGUGGAAGAAUCUCAGAUCGAGGAGGCUGUUCCUGAAAUCGCCAAGGAGACGCCUGCUGUUGAGGAAUCGAAGCCUACCACAGAAACCGCCACAGAAGAAAAGGCCGCCGAGGCCGUCCCCGAGACUGUCGAGGAGACUCCCGCCGAGAAGGUUGCUGAGCCAACCUUUGCCGAAGUAGUGGCUGAGGAGAAGCCUGUAACGGAAUCAACCGCAGAACCCGAGGCUGAGAAGUCCGCCGAGCCCGUAACGGAAGAAUCGAAGACCGUCGAGGCCGUUCCCGAAACUGUCGAGCCUGUUGUCGAGGAAUCCAAGGCCGUGGAAGAGGCUGCCAAGCCUGUUACCGAAGAGGAGAAGCCUGCCGCCGAACCAACCACAGAACCCGAGGCUGCUGAGAAGGUCGCCGAGCCCGUCGCAGAGGAAUCAAAGACCAUUGAGGCUGUUCCAGAAACUGUCGCAGAGCCUGUUGUGGAAGAAUCCAAGACCGUGGAAGAGGUUGCCAAGCCUACCACCGAAGAGUCGAAGCCCGCCGAGGCCGUUCCUGAAGUCGCCGCAGAGCCAAUUGUCGAGGAGACUCCCGCCGCGGAAGAAACUAAGACCGCGGACAAGGUUGCUGAGCCUAUCACCGAAGAGAAGCCCACCACUGAAUCCACGGAAGAGUCGGAGCCCGCCAAGUCUUUCGCCGAAGCCGUCGCUGAGCCAGCUGUUGAAGAGACUUCCGCUACGGAAGAAACUAAGACCGCCGAAAAGGCUGCUGAGCCUAUCGCAGAGGAGAAGCCCGUCGAGGAAAAUGCUUCCGAAGCCGUCCCCGAAACUGCCGCCGAGCCUGUUGUCGAGCAGCCCACUGAAGCUGCCGUAGAGGAAUCCAAGACUGUGGAGGAUAUCGCUGAGCCCGCUAAGGAAGAGUCAAAGCCCACCGAGGCCGUUCCUGAAGCUGUUGUGGAAGAAAAGACCACGGAGGUCGUUCCUGAAACCACCGAAGCCGCUGUGAAGGAGACUCCUGCCGCUGAAACUGCCGUCGAAGAAUCGAAGACUGUGGAAGCUGUUCCUGAAAUCGCCCAGGAAGCGCCCGCCGUCGAAGAAUCCAAGGCUGUGGAGGAUAUUGCUGAGCCCGCCAAGGAAGAGUCAAAGACUGUCGAGGCUGUCCCGGAAGCUACUGUGGAAGAAAAGACCACGGAGGUCGUUCCUGAAACCACCGAAGCUGCCGUAGAAGAACCUAAGGCUGUGGAGGAUGCCGUUGAGCCCGCUAAGGAAGAUUCAAAGACCACCGAGGCCGUUCCUGAAACUACCGAAGACGCCGUGAAGGAGACUCCCGCUGCUGAAACCGCUGUGGAAGAACUGAAGACCGUGGAAGCUGUUCCUGAAGUCGCCCAGGAAGCGCCCGCCGUCGAAGAAUCCAAGGUUGCUGAGGAGGUCGCUGAGCCUACCGCCACCGAAGCCGCCACAGAAGAAAAGACCACCGAGGCUAUCCCCGAAACUGUCGCAGAGCCUAUCGCCGAAGAGACCCCCGUCGUGGCGGAAUCCAAGGCAGAGGACGCUGUUCCUGAAAUCGCUAAGGAGACGCCUGCUGCUGAGGAACCCAAGGCUGAGGUUGCUGAGCCAGUCGCCGAGGAGAAGCCUGCCACUGAGGAAAAGGAUGUCAAGUCCUUUGCCGAAGCCGUUGCUGAACCGGUUGUCGAGGAGACUCCCGCCGCGGAAGAAUCUAAGACAGAGGAGGCUGUUCCUGAAAUCGCCAAGGAGACGCCUGCCGUUGAAGAAUCUAAGCCCGUCGAAGCCGUUUCUGGAACUGUCGCAGAGCCUGCUGUCGAAGAGACUCCCGUUAUGGAAGAAUCUAAGACCGAGGAAGCUGUUCCUGAAAUCUCCAAGGAGACGCCUGCUGUUGAGGAAUCGAAGCCUGCCGCAGAAGAACAGGCCGCCGAGGCCGUUCCCGAGACUGUCGAGGAGACUCCCGCCACAGAAGCUGUUGUGGAAGAAUCAAAGCCUGCCGAAGCCGUUUCCGAAACCGUUGCGGAGCCUAUUGUUGAAGAGACUCCCGCCGUCGAAGAACCCAAGGCUGAGGAGGUUGCUGCACCCGCCACUGAGGAGAAGCCCGCUACUGAGGAAAAGGACACCAAGUCCUUUGCCGAAGCUGUCGCCGAACCAGUUGCCGAGGAGACCUCCGCUGCUGAAGCUGCUGUGGAAGAAUCAAAGCCUGUUAAGGCUACUCCUGAAAUCGCCCAGGAGACACCCGCAGUGGAGGAAUCCAAGGUUGAGGAGGUUGCUGCGCCUGCUACUGAAGAAAAGGCUGUCGAGGCUGUUGCUGAAGCCCCAGUGGUCGAAGAAUCUAAAGCCGAGGAAGUUGCUGCAUCCACCACUGAAGAGAAGCCUGCUACUGAGGAAAAGGACGUCAAGUCCUUUGCCGAAGCUGUCGCUGAGCCGGUUGUGGAGGAAACCCCUGCUGCUGAAGCUGCCGUGGAGGAAUCAAAGCCCGUCGAGGCUGCUCCUGAAAUCGUCCAGGAGGCACCCGCAGUGGAGGAAUCCAAGGCUGAGGAGGUUGCUGCGCCUGCCGCUGAAGAAAAGGCCGUCGAGGCUGCUUCUGAAACCCCUGCAGUCGAGGAACCCAAGACUGAGGAGGUUGCUGCGCCUGCCACUGAAGAAAAGGCCGUCGAGGCUGUUUCUGAAACUCCUGCAGCCGAAGAAGCCAAGGCUGAGGAGGUUGCUCAGCCUGACACUGAGGAAAAGGAGGUCAAGUCCUUUGCCGAAGCCGUCGCCGAGCCAGUUGUCCAGGAGACCCCUGCCGCUGAAGCUGCCGUGGAAGAACCCAAGACUGUCGAGGCUUCCCCUGAAACCAUUAAGGAGACACCCGCAGUCGAGGAACCCAAGACUGAGGAGGUUGCUGAGCCUGCUACUGAGGAAAAGGACGUCAAAUCCUUUGCCGAAGCCGUUGCUGAACCAGCUGUCGAGGAGACUCCCGCCGCUGAAUCUGCUGUGGAAGAAUCUAAGACUGUCGAGGCUGUUCCUGAACCAGUCCAGGAUACCCCAGCUACCGAAGCAGCCGUGGAAGAGUCCAAGCCUGCUGAGGAGCCAGUGACUGAGAAGGCAGUCCAGGAACCGGCUGUGGAGGCAACUGUCGAGGUUUCCGAGCCCAAGGAGGAAGUCGUCUCUGAGCCCACUAAGGAAGUGACCGAGGAAGCUCACGUUGAGCAGCCUGUUACUGAGGAAUUGACUGCCGAGCCAGUUAAGGAGACUGAGGUUGCCGAGCCUGUCAAUGAGACUGAAGCUGCUAAGGAUUCUGCUGUCGAGGAGCCUACUGAUGUUGCUGCUGCGGUGACCACCACCGCUGAGCCGGCUACCGAAGCGACUGAAGAGCCUGCCGCAGUUGUCGCCGCAGAGGCUGCUACUGAGAAGGCCCAGGAGCCCACUAAGGCCGAGUCUGUCCAGGACACCACCGAAAAGGCCACGGCUGUUGAACCAGUUGUGGAGGAGCCUGUGGCUGAAAUUGCUAAGGACUUGACUCCAGAGGAGUCUCCCGCUGUCACCGAGGCUGCUGCCGCUGCUGCUAUCCCCGAAGAAUCUCCCGCUGUUCCUGAGACCACUGAAGCUGCUGCUAUUGAGAUUGCCGCUAUUCCUGCGGCUGCUGCCGUUGCUGCGAUCACUGAGAAGUCUCCUACCGUCCCAGAGGCUGCCGCUGCUAUCGUUGAGGAAAACGCCGCUUCUACUGAGUCUGUGCAAGAAUCAGCUGAGGAGGUUAUCCCCGCUGAAAUUGCCAAGGACGUCGUCGUUGAGCAGCCGGAGGCUACCAAGACCGAGGAAGUCACCGAGCAGGCUAUCCAAGAGCCCGUCGCCGACAAGGCCACGGAGGAGCCCGUCGCUGAGACCUCCGCCCCAGAGCCGGUAGUCGAGGAUACUCCUGCUGUUGCAGAGACUCCUGUUGAAGAGCCUGCUAAGGAACUUGCUGUCGAGGAGCCUGUCAAGGUUUCCACUGAGACUCCUGCCGCUGUUGAUAUUAUUGCGGACGAGAAGGUCGAGGAGAAGCAACCCGAGGUUGAAGCUGUUGCCGAGCCAGUCGUCCCUGAACAGACUGAUACUUCUGUCGCUGUUGAAGAGCCUGUUUCUCAAGAUACUAAGCCUUCUGCCGCCGAAGCAAAGGCCGUGGACGAGCCAGUCACUGUGGCAGAGACUGCUGAAGUUGCUGCCACCCCUGAGCCCGUGGUUGAGGCUGAGACUAAGGCUGAGGCUUCCAUUGCCGAGCCCGCUGUUGCUGAAACUCCUGCUGCCGAAGAGAAGCCCAUCGAUGAGCCAGUUGCUGUUCUGGGAACUGCGGCUGAGCCCACUGCCGAGCCUGUCCCCGAACAGACUCCCGCUGUGGCUCCCGUUGUUGAAGAGCCUGCCACUGAGGCACCAGCUACCGAGAAGGCCGAGGAAGUGAAUGAGCCCGUCAUUGUCGAGCCCACCACCCAGGCUACUGAGGUUGUUGAGGCACCAGUUGUGGAGGAGGAGGAGGAGGAGGUUACUGCAGAGCCUGUUGAAGCUGCUGUCCCCGUGGAGAAAACUCCCGAGGCAGCCCCAGAGGAGGAAUCUACCACCAAGGACCUCGAGCCCGAGACAACCGUGGUGAAGGAGAACGCCGUGGAAGAGCCUGCACAGGAGGAGGAGGAUACCAAGGCCAAGGACCUCGUCCCAGAACAGUCUACUCCUGUCGUGGAGACAGUUGCAACUGAGGAACCCUCCAAGGUUGAAGCCGUGGAGACCGAAGUUGUGGCUGAGACAUCCGAUGCGAAGGAGCCGAUCCAGCCCUCCACUACUGAUGUUGAAAGCCCAGCACCAACUGAACCCGAGACUCAGCAGGAAGAGGCCGCUGUUUCUGCCUCCGAAGAAGUUGCUACCAAGGAUACUGGCAUCGGCGCUGAAAUUCUUGGUGUUGGUGCUGCCGCUGCCGCCAUUGCCGGUGCAGGCGUGGCCGCUCUUGCUCACAAGGACCACAAGGAGUCCGAGACUGCCCCAGAAGCCUCGAAAGAUCAGAAGGACAUCCAAGCUACUGAUGCCGAUAAAGAACCCGUUACUAAGGCUGAGACCCAGCCCCAGGUUUCGGCAGCAGAUGCACAGCCUGCCGACGGUAAGCCAACACCGUUUUACCUUUCAUCCCAGCCGUCUGCCAUCUCGUUCGAAACUGAUCCCAUUCUUGCAGCCCUCGCUGGAGACCGCGAAGCCCUCCUUAGCAAGCUCAACCAACCCUCUACCGACCAACUGUCCACUGCUACUCAGCAACCGUCUGCCGCAACAGUCGAGACUACGACCGAGCCCCAGCCUGCCGCCGAGGCCAGCAAGGGAACCGCCGAAUCCGCUGCCAAGUCGACUGAUGCCAAGCCCGCUGCCGACGAAACUCUUGCACCCAAGAAUAACGAUGAGGAUGAUGCUCGCCCAGCGAGCCAGAACCGGUCAGUGACUGCUGUUUCUCUAAAUGGUGCACCUGACAGCUGGCUCAAAGCAAUCCUGCGCACUGUCUUUGUGAACUUUUUUGGGGCCAUUUUUGCACCCUUCCGUCGUGGAAAGGCCUCAAAUUAG